AAAAACAAAAACCAGGAAGUUGAGGCGAGGAAGAGACGUAGCAGCUUUGAAGGAGCAUCAAACGUCCAAGUUUUAAAACUGUUUUUUAAGGUUUUAAAUAGUAGGGUAAACUACAAAUAAACCCGAGUUUUCCGUGUGCUGUCGGAGGACGUUAUUUCCAACAAGAUGGACACUGAUCCGGAAAUGGGAGGAAUAUCGGAAGCACCAGAGCCCAAGGACAAGGUACAGUCUUUGAGAGAUCAGGUAGAUGGAGUGAAAAACAUCAUGACUGAGAAUGUGGAUCGGAUCCUGGCUCGUGGAGAGCGGUUGGAUGAUCUCAUGGGCAAGUCCGAGGAUCUGCAAGCAGGGGCUCAACACUUCAAGCAGACGUCUCAGAAAGUGGCCCGCGCCUACUGGUGGAAGAACGUCAAGCUGAUUGUGGUGAUCGUGGUGAUUGUCCUCGUCAUUGUCCUCAUCAUUGUCCUGCUGGCCACCGGAGUCAUUCCUGUCAGUAGCUCUCCGGGUCCCAUAGUUAAUCCCACUACCAAGCCGUAAAAAACAGAAGCACACACACCAUGUACAUAAAGACAAAAUGAAAUCAAAAAUUACAGCCCAGUUGCACAGUAUAAAGUAAUAUAUAGACUCUAGCAAAAAAACUGUUGUCUAGUGAAAUAUUUAAAAGAUUUUUUCUGGUUACUUUCACUUUGGUUUAAGGCACUUUAAUGACACAUCAGCAUGUGAAGCCCUUUGAAUCAGUUCCAGCAUGGUCAUUUUGAAACUGGGGAUCAUUUUAACAAAAUCCUGACUUUAUUGUAUUUGUUCUGAAAAGGCAGAAACUUUUUGUCCAUCAACCAUCAUCCUAAGAGGAAGUUACAUGAAUGUUUGUCAGUGGAAAUAAUCUGUUACCUUACAUAGUCCCAACCAUCUUUACCUGCUUGUAAAGUUUUAACCAUUAGAAAUAAAGCUACUUAUUUUAGGAAAAGCCAAACCUUUGUUGUUUUUGUUUCGUUCAAAGUGCCUUCAGUUUCUUUACCUUUACUGUUUAGAAAGAAACACUGCUUUAUCUGUGAGGUUGGUGUGUGUGGAGACAACUCUGUCAUUUUUAUGCACAAUCAUCUGUUACAGGAGAUAAGUGAAAUUAAAAUGUACAUGAGACUAUUAUUUGGGAUGGGAGCCUCCUUUAAAAAGCCGUUAUGUGGCUGUCAAAAGGAAAAUGUAUGGUUCCUACAGGACAAAAGUCAGAGAAUUUCAUCUGAUCCAUUAUUUCCUUGCUGCCUCAUGUAACAAACACACCACCAGCGUCAGGCUCUUAACACGUUUCUGGUGUAGAAGGAUCAGGGUCUACCAUCCUACCAGCUGGAGGACAUCAUAAACAUUUGGGCAUUUUUUUCAGACCUUUAAAGAAAUGUGUCAUCUUCCACCUCUUGCUGUUGAUACGGUACCUAGCUAGCUUCCUAGAGUUCAAAAUUCUUCCAGUUAUGUCCUGUAUAUAGUCAAAGUAUUCUCCAUUUUUAUAUUUGCUUCAGCCAUUAACAACUCUGAAUAAAAGUGUUUGUUCUUUUGAAGAAAUUAAUGAUUUAUUUUGUUCUCUUAGAUCUAAAUAAGUUCAUGUUAGUUCUCUUUAAAAUAAUCAUAAAAUGGUACACUUCAUAAUUUUUUGUCUAAUUGUUAAAAACUAAACUCGGAAUGAAUUCUCCAUUGUGCAUCUUUAUUUUUUUUUUAUGUGCUUCUGGGAUGCAGUAGUCUCAAACCUCUUAUCCUGUUGCAUGUGAAUGAUGUUGGUGUGAUCAUUGUUGCAAGACCUCAAUCAGAUUGGUGUUUGUACAGGCUGCAGUGGAUCCUUUUUUCCCAGUAACACUUUUUCCACUCUUGUCAAUGCAAAGCACCUCCUUACAGAACACCAGGAUGCUGUACAGCCGCUGUAUGAUACAGCUGUUUCAUGUCAAGGGGUUGAUGGUAUUUAAUGGUUUUAAUCGUCUGGUGAAUGAAAUAAAUAGUAUUUACAUC